AUGCUCUUUGGGGGCAAUAAGAUAGUCAGGGGGGAUCAUGAAGAGGUCAACCUACGGUGUACACGUUCUGGGUCGACUCCGAGCUUCAAGCUUCAAGAUGGACAGCCUGAUCCGGCCUCGCCACUACCACGAGUCAGGCUGAGCCCCCUUAAGACCACGGAGCGAUCACGAAAGGUUCACCCAGUUGCAAAGCAGUACAAAGAAGAGUCCUUAGGCAUGCAGCUGGACACGCGUAACAUUAAUAUCCUUUUUACGUGCAAAAGACAAUGUCCAAUCAAUGGCAGCCUCAUGGAGAAAGCAGAGUCAAUCACGAAGAUAUAUCAUGAUAAGAAGGCGAUCGCGAGGGAGGGCCACUUCGCCGCGUGCAUGAAAAAGUGCCACGUUGAAAGACGCAGCACAAGUUGCGAUGAACGCGAAGACGCACCGUCACUGAACGUUAGCAUAGUCAUCGCGAGCUGGGCUACUUCCCUACAUGAAACCAAAGUCACAUUCGAAGAUAAACUCGAAUGUCUCGCCUCACCUCUCGAAAUAAUAUCGAAGUCCCGAAUCGUGGGCGCUGGGUACCAAACAAGGUCGGAAAUUGUUUUACGGGGCAUAUGGACAUCGGACCAACAGCGGGUCUCGAGCAUCGAUAUCACUGGCGAGCCGUCCAGUGUUAACAACAUGCAGUCCACUGCGGUACUUAUAGAACAACAGCCAACGCUCUUCAGCUCAUUUGAACGUUGGCCUUCACUGGCAAGAAGGCCACCGGGUGACCGAAUGGACAUCGAGGGGCAGACAGCUCACAUUUAG